AGGAGGAGGAGGAGAAAGGAAAGGAAGAGGUGGAAGCCGACGGAGGCGAGGCAUGAAGAAUAUCCCUAAUAUCUAAUCCGGCAGACUGGGGAAAGCACCUCGUCUUCCCUCGCUGAUCAGAGGACGACUGGAAGCGGAGGGAGGACAGGAUGGAGGAGAAAAGGCAGUUCCUUUGUGGGGUGGUGGAAGGUUUCUAUGGGAGGCCGUGGUCCAUGGAGCAGAGGAAAGUUCUCUUCCAAUGGAUGCAGUGCUGGGGGUUGAACACAUACCUGUACGGUCCAAAAGAUGACCUGAAACACAGAUUGUUGUGGAGAGAAGUGUAUUCUCCAGAAGAGGAGGGUCAGUUGCGUACUCUCAUAUCGGAGGCCGAGUCCAGAGGUCUAAGGUUUGUUUAUGCUCUCUCUCCUGGUCAGGACAUCGUCUUCUCGUCUCCCUCUGACUUGACGUUACUCAAACGCAAGCUGAGACAGGUGUCAGACCUGGGCUGCAAGGCAUUCGCCGUUCUGUUCGAUGACAUCGAUCACUCCAUGUGUCAGGCCGACAGCGAGGCCUUUGCUUCCUUCGCCCAUGCUCAGGUCACAGUUACCAAUGAGAUUUAUCGGUUCUUGGGGGAACCCCCUGUCUUCCUUUUCUGCCCGACAGAGUACUGUGCUUCUCUGUGCUCUCCCAGUGUGUCCAAGUCUCCUUACUUGCAAACUGUUGGAGAGGACCUGCUGCCUAACAUAACGGUAAUAUGGACAGGCAGUAAAGUCAUUUCCAGAAAGCUGAGCGUAGACUGCCUCGCCGAGGUGGAGUCCGUCCUCCAGCGCCCCCCGCUCAUCUGGGACAACCUGCACGCAAACGACUACGACUCCAGGCGUCUCUUCCUGGGGCCUUUCAAAGGUCGGGAACCUCGGCUGAAGAGCCACCUGAGAGGCCUCCUCCUCAAUCCAAACUGCGAGUUCGAAGCCAACUACAUCCCGCUUCACACGCUGGGAAGCUGGCACAGAGCAGGAGAAGAGGAGACGAAAGAUGAGGAGUGCGAGUACUGUCCUGAAAGAGCGCUGUCUGCUGCACUACACGACUGGAUGGAGGAACUCAACCAACCUCUGCAAGCAGGUCGUCAGACCAUGAGGACAGACCAGCGUUCAUCAGGCCAAACAACACGCUCCAAAACUCCCGACUGGUCCGACUGUCCCUCCAACUUCAGAGGGACGUCCACUGUGGCCAAGCUUCCGGUCUUCCCACUCAAUUCCAGCUCCCCUCCCUCUUCACCAACCAUGGGCAAAAGGGAGAAAGAAGGGCGAGAGGGGGAGAAUAAGAGGUCAAGCCAGCCUAGCCAAACCAGCCAGCAGGCUCCUGGACCACCUGCAGGCGCGGGCCGGGGGCAGAAGCCCCCAGGCCGAGGACCCUGCGGAGGGAAGGGCUCGCUGAGUGAGUCCCAGGUGCGGUUGCUGGUUGGUCUGCAUUACCUCCCCCACGAGCACGGCCCAACCGCUCAAAAGCUGCUCCAGGAUCUCUCCUGGCUGAAAGGAAACUGCCACGUGGUCAGUGCCAACAGCAAGAAAAUGCAGCCUCAGAAGGUUGAUGAGUGGCAUGGGCGGGCCUCCAGGUUCCUCUCUCUGUGUGAAGACAUCGCCCAGCUCCACGCCAGCGUGGUGGGGGGGGCUAACAGAGCUGUGCUCUAUGACCUUUACCCCUACGUGUGGGACCUGAGGAACACGGCUCUGGUGGCCAAGGCCUUCAUAUGCUGGCUGGAUGGGCGAGUGUUGAGUGACAGCUCCACGCUGGCGUCCUGGAGGAACUGCUUUCACUGGUGUGGGAAGACCACGGGAGCAGACCUGCUGGGAGUGGACUCCGAGCCCUGGGUGUUCAAAGGGGGGGUGUCCGGGGAGGUGCAGAUGCUGCUCCCAGUUAGCAGCAGCAGUGAACUCUUCACACACCCUCCCCCUCUCUUCCCGACGUCCCGCCUCUACAACAUCAGGCCCUACCACGGCAAAGACAAGCUGGAGCUGUAUCGGAUGGUCCGCCAGUUUCACCUGAGGACUCAGGGUGGCCAGGAGUCCAGCAUGGCUCAUCCGGAUAUCAUAGGAGACAGAUGUCUCGGGCCGUGCUUGGCGUUAAGCCCCGAGUACAGCUUCAUCCUGGAGGAUGAGCUCGGCAUUUGUGGGUGUGUCCUCGGCAUCUUAGAUGUCCGCUCCUUUGCCAAGCGGUGCCAGGCCAGCUGGAUACCCGCCAUGAGGGACAAAUAUCCACCCAAAGGAAACAACACACACCCACACACGCAGGACUUGAUCCAGUUAAUGGAGGAAGACCAGGGUGAGUACCCAGACUCGCUGCUCUAUCACUUCCCCUCCCAGCUGCGUUUGGAUGCCCUGCCUGAGCUGGUGGACAUCAGUGUCAGCCGAACCCUGCUCACCGCCCUCCUCACUGCGCUCAAGGCCAAUGGUUCUCAGGGUGUCUUCUGUGAGGUGCAACCUACGGACCGUCAGAGGCUGGAGUUCUUGACAAAACUGGGCUUCCUGGAGAUCCUCAGAGGAGAGGCCCGGAGCAGAGAGGGGGUGGUGCUGGGAAGGCUGCUCUGAACAUCAGAACACACAAACACUCAGAAACAUUCACCUGGCCAUAAACUCAAGCCCCUUUCAGACAUGUAUGGCUACGAUUAAUGCUUUCAUCAAUCUUUUGGUCUAAAAGCAAGUGUCAGCCUUUUGUCUGAAUGAGCACCGUGAUGCUUCUCUUUAGAGCCGCUCCAUGUAGCCACACCACUUCUGCCCACACGGGGGCAGCAUAUUAAAGAUGCACCUUUAGUGGGACAAAGACUGGCCGCUAGUUGUGGCUCCAAAAGCGAGUCAAUGUCCAUUGACCUCCAUGUUAAAAUGUCCAACUUUAGAGCAGAAAUAAACAUAUUUACAGCCUGGUCCAAAAAACUGUUGUGGUCUCAAUUGUUUGAUUUCACACCCAUGACAACUCUGGGGUGGUGUGUACCACGACAGGAGAGUUUAUAUAAAGCGUUACAGUCAUAUCUAAUAUGAAUGAUUGCCGGUCGGCUCAGCCAAUAGCUAGCCAUUAUCACUUUCUCAUCCAUAAUCGUCAUGUUACUAUGUUUAGCAAAGCAACCGGCUGUUUGUAUCGACCCAGCAUCGGUUAACAUAAAAACAAAAGGAAAUAUGAAUAAUAAAUAGUUUGUUUAAUCCGCCUACAAAUAUAUUCAUUUAUGCUGCAAAGGUGCACAUUUUAACGUAGGAGUCAAUGGGGGUCGACUCGCUAUUGCACCCCCCUGUGGUCAGUCAAGGAACUGCAAUCUUUCCUACUAAUAACACAGCAGGGCUCUAUGCCCCUUUGUGGUCAGAUGGGAUAUUGCUUCCACUUUUACUAGGUUAGAGAUGUAACAUUCACAUAUUAAGACCAAGAGAAUGACUUUACAUAAAAACCCAUCUCCUUUUAGGGUCAGGGUUUUCAUAGCAGGUGUUACAUUACCAACGAUAUCAUAAAUAUCAACAUGUCAUGUCAGCUGAAUGUUUUGCCGCACAGCAUGUUUACAUUUCCAUAACACAAGUGCUAUAGUGAUGGGUUUCUUACAUUUUGACAACCGAUGCUUUCGGCUUAGAGACUGUAAAAAAGGAAAAAGGUGGAACUUUUGGACAUUACUGCUAUUUAUUCAUUUUACGACAUGAUCCGUUGAUCUGAUUCUUCCGAAAAUCUGGUCUUUUUCCAAAUUAAUCGAUGUGGCACUGUGAAGGUGACCGCAACGGUUGAGUCCUGGCCUGACUGAAAGUGAUGCAUAAAUGUUAUUAGAGUCUGACCUAAGAUGAUUUUGUUCACUAACAGUAGAGCAUCACGCUGCUCACUCAGAUGUGAAGUGGAAACAUUCAGGUGUUUUAUCUCACGAAAGUGGUGCAUGCCUGAAAGAGCUUAUUAAAACACUAAAUAUGACCAAGGCUUGCUCUAAGAGUUGACACAAUAGGGCGGCUUAAUCACAGAAAGAUGUUCAAACACACGGCAUGUACAUUGUGGCGUAGAGCUUCACAAAGCCGAAUUUGAAUUUUCUCCAGCAGGAGAGGAAAUUUUUGUAGGGACAAUCCUAGAUUCCUGUGAGUCUGUGUGGCAGUAAUGGGGAUGAACCCAGAGAUUUCUGAGGGAUUUAGAAAAUAUGAAACAAGCUUUGAGUUAAAGCUUUUUUGUAGGACUGCGUUAAUCUUUCCUCGGAUUCCUCACCACGUAUUGUAUUACAAGAUUUCUAUAAGUUGCAGACGGAAAGAGACGGGAGCAGAGCAUCAGAUCCCAGCAGCUUGAAUAUACUCCUGUGUCAAAUGCACCAUUUCAUCUUUUUUUUUCGUAUUUAUUCUAAAGCUGGAACUAUUAGCAUUUAUGCACAAUCCCUAUAUACGCGAUAAUUACCAAAAUGUGCACCUUCUGUGAACUUAAUGAAGCGUUUAUGAUCUUUCUGGUCAGUUUAGUUCACAACAAAAGCCAUCUCAGGGUACUUAGAGAGAAAGUUAACAAGCUCAGUGUUAACUCCCCAACAACACGAAGCUCUGCUUCACUGCUCUCUUCAGAUUCAGUCGAGUGUGACAGCAGGCAGGUACGGGAUUCAUCUGCUGAUGUGCUCUCAAUCAAGGCGUUAAAAGCUAAUGUUUACAGCUUCUAAUUUAACUUGAAGCAUUUUCUCAUGGGUCUCAUAUUCCAGUCUAUUUAUAGGGACUUCCUACAGUCCUGUUAGUACCAGUGCAAUAAUUGAAAAUAAUAACAAUAAUAAGUUAAAUGGUGAGCUUGAUGCUGUCAGGGGGCAGUUUUAUCAUCUUCGGAAAGAGACGAGUUAAGUAUUCCCCCCCCUCCUCAGACCCAAAAAAGCUAAUUUUAGCGUCAAACCAAAGUCCUGCUAAAGGAGACUGCAGUCAAGUGUCUACGGUUGAUCUGUGCCCUGCUCCUUUCAUUUUUUUUCUUUUUCAAAGGUAUCAUUGCUGAUAUUACUACUUGUGCAUUCUUGUUGGUGAAGUGGCGUGCCGACGCCAGAGCAGACCCCACAUGUACAUCGCUGUUUAACCGCAUUCACGAGCAUCAGGAAUAACUGUUUGUUCGGAGCGGGAAUUGGUGUAUAACAACUUGCACAAAGGCAUGCUCUGAUUUACCGGCAUGCUCAAACCUGGCAACGUGAACUGAGAUUUUCUAUCGGGCAUCUCUCAGCCAUUAUAAUUGUAAAAAUAUAGGGAGCUAAUAAAAAAUGUAAAUGUAUGCAUGCUACAUCUCAUUAGAAAGACAUGAUGAAAAUAAUGAACAUCCAACACAGACACACAAACACAGAGUCCGUGUAUCUAAAGUUUACACUCGGUUCAGUCUGUUCCCCCGUAUCGUCACAUUUCUUAACACAGAUACUAGAAACAUUCCCAGUGUGCCCUUUACUAUAUGUGUGAACUCAGUAGGGUGUGAGAGCACAGACAGAUGUGUGAAAGAUGCAAACUAGGACAGAUGUGUCAUUCUGCCUUCGUUGAGAAGUUAACACAGCCGUUCAUGCACCGACACACUCACGCAAACACACACACAUUCCUGCAGAAUCAAAGCAAGCACAACCGCACUCACGACUGAACCUUCAACUGAAAGUACGUUUGACUAUGAAUGUUCAUUUCUUUGUAAUGCAACUGAAACAGACUCAACUGUUUGUGCAAGUAUCUAUAUUUCUACUCUUUUGCUUUUCUUUCUUUUUUUUUAAUAUUGCGUUCGAUCAGACUGAAAAAGCACUUUUGUACAUUUCUUCUAGAAGUCGGUGUCGUUGAUUUCGUAACAUUAUCUGGUAGGUGCUUCAUCAUUAAAAAAACAAACAAGUAAAAAAACAAAAAAAAAAGUUCAAACUAUGAAGAAGGCAUAGACUUAGAAAUAAUUUAAAAAAAAGCAAAUAAAUAGAAAUGCAGGAUUUCAAGAGAAAUCUUAGGGAGAUCUUGAAGGAGUUUGUCGCUGUCCGGGGGAAACUUUGAUUUGAUGGUCAUUCAAAGAUUGUUUUUGUGUGUGAACAUUGGGAAUUUUUUGUUAGGAAACAGAGACAGUGAACAUAAGUUUAAAAAAAAUCCACACAGGAAACAUGAAGCACUGUGAAAAAAAAAAGACAGAACCACAGCUUUUUAUUUUAAGACAAAUUGUGACAACAAUCAUGACCAUAUGAGUAAUAAUGAUAAUAAUAAAGCCUUUAAACUCCAGGCCUGAGCAGCUGAUUAUGCUGUUCAUUUCACUGAAAAAACACACAUUAAAAGCAUCAUUGUCUCACUGUGACAGCAUUGUGCUACAUGAACUAUCCUUUCACAAGGACUUCCAGUGUGGCAUGUCUAUGCAGGGUAAUGACAGACUUGAAAAAAUAUAUAUCAUUGGUUUUUAUUAAUGAUAAAAGAAAAACUGUCAUUUUAAAACAAUUAUUUUAUUGAACUGUCUUGUUGAUUUCCAUGUUUAACAAAUUAAGCUUCCUUUCUCCUUUAAAUGGCCUGUUUUAUUUUCUUUUGUUGUUUCUUUGUAAUGUUUCACAGUGAGGAACAAGUAAUA